GCGAUGGGCAGCCGCACGCGCCCCGCGCAGGGCAGUACAACACGCCGCGAGGCGCGAGCAGCAUCCCGAGCCGAGCCCCCGUGCACAGGUUGAGGUUGCAGACGGACAGCCAUGUUGAAAGGGGGCACCACCAAGGUGGGGCUACCCAAGCCAGGGCUCCAGGAGCGGGCCAAACAGACCUUUGCUCCUUCCACCACCUCCACAGCCAUGAGGACCUCCAGAUCCUCCAACACGCUUGCUUCAGACCUGCGCCUCAGCAAGCUGAAGAGAGCCAGUAGUGACGAUGCCCUGACCAAGCCGGCAGUGGGGGCCGCUGCCUCGGGCUCCCGCAUGAAAAAGACAGUCACCACCGGAGCCAUUUCAGACCUGGCCGAGUCCCGGUCCCGGAGCAUGACUGGUACACAGACAGCCAAGAAGUCUGGCAUCCCGGCUCCCAGGGAGAUCCCUCCUAUCUCUCGAGACCGCGUCUCUCUGAGGGACCAGCUGAAGAGCUCCACUGCGAAGAAGAUGGUCUCCAGUUCCAGCACCUCCAGCCUUUCUACGCUGGCAAGACAGCAGCGCAGCUCAGCAAAGCCCCGCGGAGAUACCGAGGGCGCAGACAGGGGCCUUCUGGAGUGCCAGAUCAAAGAGCUGUUGGCGGAGGCUAAGGCCAAGGACUCGGAGAUCAGCAGUCUGAGGAUGGAGCUGCAGCGCUGCAAGGGUAAAGCCUCCUCUGCCGCCUCCUCAGCCUCGCUCUCACCUUCUUCUGGCACACCCUCCCGUCAGGAGCCCGUACCCGAGAGAGGGCAGGGGCAGGUGUCAGAAGCUCUGGUGCUGGUCGGGGAGCUGAGGGAGAAGAACGGUAAGUUCCAGAGAGAGCUGGCCACCCUCAGAGAUGAGAACCAAGCGCUGAAAGAAAAGCUGCUUUGCCUAGAGGCAUCUCCUUUGUCUGGUACCAACACCAGCUCUCCCCAUAAGCCUUUAGUCAACGGUCUACCCUCCGAUCCCAACUCCUCAGUUCCUCAACAGGACAGUCCCACUACACCUGGCAGCCCUCUCCACACUGUCUCCUCCAGCACCGACAACACCAAGGGCUCCCCUUCCCCUGACUCCUCUGAGUUUGAGAAGAUCCCGUCCCGUUCGGACUCUAUUAGCAGCAGUGUCUGCGGUGAAGCUGCUGGAGCUGGGACAGUGUUGGGGGUGGAGGCGAGGAACAGUGUUGGGGAACAGGAUGUGUCAGUAGCCAGCCUGACGGAGCAGAUCCAUAAAAUGGAGGAGAGCCACCACAGUACGGCUGAGGAGCUACAGGCCACCUUGCAGGAGCUGGCUGACCAGCAGCAGGUGGUGCAGGAGCUGACAGCAGAAAAUGAGCGUCUGGUGGAGGAGAAACGCCUCCUGCAGACCUCCCUUCAACAACAGAGGGAGAGGCUGGAGCUGCUUGGCCAGAAGAAUGAGACCCUGGCCAGCCGGCUGCAGGAGCAGGCACAGGCGCAAGCCCAGAGGGAGGAGGAGCUCGGCAGCCAGGGGCCUCGGCUGUUGGAGCUAGAGCAGCGGUAUGCUGAGCUGGUGGAGAGCUCGCACUUUGAGCGGGAAAAGCUUGUGGACAUACAGCAGCAGCUCACAGGGAGCUUGCGAGCUCUGGAGCAGGAGAACCAGGAGUUCCAGGGCCAAUUGCGUUCCCUCAGAGAGGAGGGGGACGGCCUGCAGACCCAGCUGAACGCUGAGCUGGAGGCCAGGAGUCAGGCGACGCGGGCGGCAGAGGAGCAGAGGGCUAUAGCGGAGUGUCUGAGGCUAGAGAUCAGCAGGGUGAAGGCCCAGGUGGACAUCGAGAGGCAGAAGGUGGCUGAGCUGAACGCCAUGCAGAGCGCCAGCGACAGCACUGAGCUGCAGAGCCUGCUGAAGACAGCCCACACUGAGAGAGACAAGCUGGAGGUGGAGCUGACAGAAGUGAGACAGGAGCUGCUGCAGGCCCAGGCCGAGACCGACCACACCCGAGCAGCAAUGUCCAAGGUGGAGACCAAGUGCCAGCAGGGCCAAGAGCGGGCAGAUAGGAGGGAGCAGGAGCUGAGUGCCAGGGUGAAUGACCUGGAGGAGUCGGGGCUCCAGGCUGAGAACCAGGUGAAGGAGCUGAAGGAGACCAUCUUUGAGCUGGAGGACCAGGUGGAACAGCAGCGGGCCAUCCACCUCCACACCAACCAAACCGUCCUGGAUUUGGAGAACCACCUGAAAAAGCUGGAGGAGCAGAAAGCGGACGUGGAGCGACAGCUGAAGGUUCUCGGCAAACAGAUGAAGGAUGAGCGAGAGGAGUGGCGCCGCUUCCAGGCUGACCUCCAGACAGCAGUGGUGGUGGCCAAUGACAUCAAGGUGGAGGCCCAGCAGGAGCUGCGCACCCUGAGGAGGAGGCUCCAGGAGGAGCAGGAUCGCACCGCCAAGCUGUCCUCCGACAUGGAGGCACUGCAGGGAGUCAGGAUAGGCGCCGGAGCCACUUUUGACACCAAGACGGCCGUAGAGGGGCGGUAGGGGCCAAGCGUCCGACCUCGGCGCCACCUGAAUGAAGACAGUGUUCUUGUUGCACUUAAUCAGCUUUCCGUGUCGUUGAAAAUGUCAUGUGAAAAACUCAGUUAAUCUGAUUCUAAGCCAGGGUGACCAUGUACAGACCCAAACUAAUGUAUUCUUUAGUCUUGUGACACAACAACUUGCCACUCAGUUUUACCUAGAAACCUUUCCAAUAAUAAUUCUGUACUUUUAUUUUCUGUAUUUGUGAAUGUACUCGAAUUAUUUUUGACCUUCUGAAUCUGUGUUCAAGAGCUGACAUAUGUUUGACUCUAUUUUUUAUACUGUCUGAAGUUGCUUUUGUGCCUUUCAGUAGUUGGAGUUGCCAGAGUAAAAGGCCUGUAAAGAAACCCUGCCAUCAGUGAGCUAAAGAGAAAGAAGUGUAAAAAAAAAGAAGAAGAGGUUUGGAAGUUUCAGGCAGUCUUGAGGGGGUUUCUAGGCCCGGACCUGUUGCUACCAGAGCUUUACGUCAGACUCGGUAUGUCAGGCCAAGGCUCAGAUGACCUUCCAUGAGACAAGUGCCGCUCAGCGUAUCAGAGAACCGAGUCGAUAGUAUUGGAAGGGGAAAAAAAGGUUAUUCUUGUUAGCAUUUGUUUCCGGAGUUCGUUCCCGUUCCUUUCUCUUCAUGUUUGUAAAACAACAACAACACAACAACAAAAAAGAAUCACAAAAUGAUCAGAAAGGCAACUUGAUGUUUUAAAUUCUAUUAUCUCUGGUUGACAGGACUUCAGAAGUUGAUGUCUGUGAUCUGUGAAGACAUUUUCCCCUACCGGCUUAUAUCAUUUUACACUAUAGCUCCAGUCUUGUGCUUUGUUUUUUGUUUUUUUUUGUAUUUUUUUAGAUAAGUGCAGUGCGACAUGAAGCCAUCAGAUGGCGCUAUUUAGUCUCAUAUUAGCAACAAAAAAAAACAAGCAACACGUUUGUGUGGACACGUGAUCUGCACUUUCCUACUUUGUACAUGUGUUAGUGAUGAUUAAUAUAUUCAGAUUCAAUUUACGUCUAAUUUAUCUUCCUACGUCUCUCGGGGGCAACGUUGAUGUGAGCCCACACAGGAAAUGACGUGUAUACAAGGCGCCAUGUUGGCAGAUGCAGAGCGUUGCCAAAUGUCGUUAACUGCCACAAACACAUAAAACAGUCGUGCCACGGAAUAAUUAGACACGUGUCAAACCACGCCGGAAGCGAAAACUUUCACACUUCCUGAGGUGUGGCGCGGCGUCCCCAGACGACGGGUUCGUUCAUAACCACACCUCCUCUGCACAUAUCUGACAAGUGACCUCAAUCCCACAAUAGUUACAACUCAUGGACGAUCAAUCCACCAUCAAGAUGUUUUUUUUUUCUUCUUCUUCUUUUCUCAUUUAUUGUACCUGUGGAUCUGACACUGCCAUGCUGUCACUCAGAACUACCACCACGUGACACGCAAACCCACGUCUGUGCUUCUCUUUUGGACAUUUCACAGUAAAUCCUGACACACCUUGUUCGGUAUCCUGUCUGGUUAUCAUGACGCCAACCUACUGGGCUCUCCUUUCCUACUGUACCACCCUUUAAAAAGUACGGUGACUUGUUUUUAAUGCUGUUUUUUUUUUCUCGAGCAUUUUGACGCAGUGGUCGUCGCCUCUUCCGUCACGGUGGAGGUAUCGUGCUCUCAGGUUCCGCCCCGUUUACACUUGGUUUUAAAAUGCGCUUUUUUUUUGCGAUCGGGUCACAAGUGGACAACGCCAUCACACGCGUAGACGACCACCGGCACGUUUUGUUAACCGGUUACUCAAACCACUUGCCCAAGUGGUCCUGGGACGCGUUUGACCACGUGUCUUUUGUAGCGUAAACGCUGACGCGUCCCCGACGAGGACGUAACAGGAAAUUACGUCAUCAGUGCGGGACGUGGCGGCUGUUUUGGUAAGGUAGAGGCUAGUUCCCGUCGAUGCAGAGAACGGUCAACUGAGCAUGCGCAAGUACUCGUCGCCUCCGUUGUUUGGGUAGGUUAGGGUGAGGGCGGGGUUAGCGUUAAAGUUGGCUAAUCGGACGCAGAGUGGGGGCGGGUCUUCCUAGAAUCCUAGCGCCUGGAUGUUACGCGGGGCGUGUGGAGGCGUGGUAGAGGCAUUUCGCGCAUGCUCAGUUGACCGUUCUCUACUCCCAUUUCCGUUCUCUGCAUCGACGGGGACUAGCCUCUACCGUUUUGGUAACUGCGCGCCAGCUGUGGACACACUGGCGAGAGGAGAGUGUAGGCCAGGGGUCCCCAAUAGGCGGCCCGCGGGCCACGUCCGGCCCGUGACGGGUUGAUUUAUGGUCCGCGAGAAUUUUUGGAGAAAUGCCGGAAGGAAGAAUUUUUUUUAUUUCCCUACCAAAAAAAUAAUAAUAAUAAUUUCUUAGUAAAAGUAAGACUAGUAAUAUAUCGAAAAAUAGAUGAAGAACCUCUGUUUAAAUUAUAAUACCUGCAACGUAUCGACACCAAAACAAACUAACGAACAACAUGCUGCUGGAGGUUGAGUGGCCUGUGGUUUUAAAAGUGGCCCUAAAAGUGGCCCGCUAUGAAAAGUGAUUGGGGACCCCUGGUGUAGGCGGUUGGGGUACAAGAUAAACGAGACGCCUCAUCUCCAUUUUGGGCAGAAGAACCAGGCCUGUCAUCUCAACGGCUGGAAUAGUCCGUACACGUAUAUUAGCGCUUGACACAUCUUCAGACAUCAGCUACUGUUUAUCACAGCUAGUCGGCAAAUCGGGCGCUUGGCCGAAGCCCUUUGACCUGGUAGCGGAAGUGACGUAACGGCAACGAACUCUUCGGAGUAACGCAUUUCGGAGACGCGCGAUGGACACGUGUCAGCGGCCAUGUGGUCUCGCUGUGCGCUUGUGAUCCGGUCGGCCAUAACGAAUUUUCAAACCAAGUGUACAACGGGGUGCCAGUUGUUAUCAGUCGUGAAGUUUGUGCACUUUUCCUGACAAGCCAUAGCGUUGUACACGAGACUGGUGCUCACUGUUGAAUACAAAUGAAUAUCGCCACCGACGCCACCCGGGAAGAGGCGAGACGGCGAACAAUGUGACGGCGGACUCUCCGGGUUCCUCCAGAGGACGCCGCCGACUGGAGGACACGUCUUGAAUGUGCAAGUGUUUUUAAUUUAUUCCGUAGACUCAGAGACUCGUGACCGACUUUAAUGCCUGUGACGGAUUUUACCCGAUGCUAUGGAGAAGUGCAAGGUCACGUGUCUGUCUCAGUUUUGUGUAUUUCAGUAGGUGAAUCAAUAAAGGAACCUGUCCCG